GUGCAAGGAGCUCGAGGCACCCACGCCACGCUCGCGCUCAAAGCCUGGUCGGUAACAGAGCCAAGGUGCCAUUUCUCGACCCCCCUCUCCACAUACCUCUCCUAGCUAGCUACCCAUCCGCUUCCACUUGGCCAUUUCCCAUCCCACAUCCUGCUUGCUUCCGGAGCUCAUCAUCAUCGCUUGGCCUAAGGCUCGCUUCAACUGCCUGCUCUUCUCAGCUCAUCCCCUGCUGGUGUAGCAUUUGGAGUCUCGGAGACUUUGAAUUGGCUCGCCAAGAACGAGUCCUAUGGAAGAAAGCUCCAUGAAAAGAGAAGCCAUGCCUCGACUCCUGGAUCUCAUCCCGGACGAGAAAGAAUGGAGCCUGAGAGGAGGAGCGCCAGGGCAGGGCAGGUCAAAAAACACAGGCUUCGGGAGCGACGAGGACGAGAAACUGGAGCUGAAGCUUGGCCUUCCAGGCCUCGUACAAGAGGAGCCAGCGGCCAGCUCAAGAGAGAAGAGGGUGCAUCAGGAGAGCCCGGCCCUCUCCCUUGGGUACCCCCCUAGACACUCCACGGCCACCACGACGACGACCACCACCGGAGCAAAGAGGGGGUUCCUGGACACGGUUGAGGCCAAAGCACAAGGUUAUGAGAAGGAGCAGGCGAGAGCAGCAGCAUGUGGGAAGGAACUGGCGAUGGAGGAGGAAAAUACAGAGGCCGUCGGUGAGAGGAAGAAAGGGUGCUGUCCCCCACCACCACCAGCACAUGCCCCUCCUGCUACACCUGCGCGCAACAUCGGCAACAGACCGCAGGCGCGGGGAAGAGGGGCUGCAGCUCCAGUGGUCGGCUGGCCUCCAAUCCGGUCAUUCAGGAGAAACCUUGCAAGCACUAGUGCAUCCAAACAGCCCCCUGAACCACAAAUCGGUGAAGCCGAUGCCAAGGCCGUGCUUGACUGCAAGAAAAGCCCUCUUGUGAAAAUCAACAUGGAUGGGAUCCCCAUUGGAAGGAAAGUUGAUCUUGCAGCAUGUGACAGCUACGGGAGACUUUCAUUGGCUGUCAAAGAUCUCUUCCACGGGUUUCUUCAAGUGCAAAGGGACCCGUCUAAGGUUGACCGUACACAGCAAGGAGCAGAUGAAAAAAUAUUUUCGCAGUUGCUAGACGGGUCCGGUGAAUAUACUCUAGUUUACGAAGACAGUGAAGGAGACAGGAUGCUGGUUGGGGAUGUCCCUUGGAAUGUGUUUGUCUCGACCGCUAAAAGGCUGAGGGUUCUGAGAAGCUCAGAGCUUUCCCAUGAUCUGAUUGGAGCUACUCCUGAGAGAGCAGCAAAUGGCUGAAAUGGUGACACCUUUUCAACCAUUUGGAAUGUUGCUCACUGAAGCCGUAAACUAAAGGAACUCCUAAGAAGCAGGGGAGACCUAAAUCCUGUGGUCAGUUUGGAGAUCGUUAUCCUUUUUGAGGAUUAGUAGUUCGGUAACCUUUUUUUCUUGUAGUGAGAUGAAUUAGCAUACCGCAGAUGCAUGGAGAUAUCCUGCCCAUUUUGUAAAUUAGGCUACCUUGUAUUUAACGCUAUAGUUCUCGAUUCAGUUACAUAGAUUUGGCGCCUA